GGAAGAGAAACAGGAGCUGCACUGUGGUCUGUAGGGAGCUGUUCAACGUUUCUCCACAUUAUAACAGUUUUUGUUUGAUGCUUAAAUAACUGAAUGGAGAAAGAUUCACCUUCUGACAAGCAGAAUGCCAAACCUGUAAUCCGACACAGAGGAAGUCUUCAUCCAGCUGAUCAUGGGCUGGAGGUUAGGGAACCAGCCUUGUGACCGGAAGGUUGUGGGUUCGAUCCCCUGAGCCAACAGGACAUGACUGAAGUGCCCUUGAGCAAGGAGAUGCCACCGGAGGAACAUGACGGACUGCUGAAAUCAGAAGAGAUUAAACAUGACAGUAUGGAGGAACCAUGUUGUUGCCCAGAAUGUGGGAAGAGUUUUAAACAGGUGAAUCAUCUCAAAUCACACCAGCGCACUCAUGCAGUGGAGAAAGUGUUUCAGUGCUCAGAGUGUGGGAGGAGUUUUACUCGACAGAGCGGCCUCCAACGACACCAGCGUGUUCACACAGGAGAGAAGCCGUUUCAGUGCACAGAGUGUGAAAAGAGUUUUAUCGACAGAGGCACUCUAAAAAAACACCAGCGCAUUCAUACAGGAGAGAAGCCGUUUCAGUGCACGGAGUGUGGAAAGCGUUUUAGUGACAGUGGUAACCUCAAAAAGCACCAAGUCAUCCACACAGGAGAGAAGGCCUAUUGCUGUUCAUACUGCGGAAGGAGUUUUGGUAGAUACAACCAUCUCCAACAACACCUGCACACUCACACAACAGAGAAGGCGUACGCCUGCUCAGACUGUGGAAAGAGUUUUAGUCAACAGAAUAACCUAGAAAGACAUCAGCGCAUUCACACAGGAGAGAAACCGUAUCCGUGCUCAGAAUGUGGAAAGAGAUUUAAUUAUCAGAGAAGUCUGCAACUCCACCAGCGCAUUCACACAGGAGACAAGCCCUAUUACUGCUUAGAGUGUGGGAUGACUUUCAGUCGGCUGGGUAUUCUUCAACAGCACCAGCGGAUUCACACCGGAGAGAGGCCGUAUCACUGCUCAGAGUGUGGAAAGAGUUUUAAUAACCUGAGUAAUUUCCGAAUACAUGAGCGCAUUCACAAAGGAGAGAGGCCGUAUCUCUGCUCAGAGUGUGGGAAGAGUUUCACUCAGCAGUACAAUUUCCAACAACACCAGCGAGUUCAUACAGGAGAGAGGCCGUAUCAUUGCUCCGAGUACUGUGGGAAGAGUUUCAGACAGGAGAAUCAUCUGAAAUCACACCAGCGCACCCACGCUGUGGAGAAGGUGUUCCAGUGCUCAGAAUGUGGCAGAACGUUUAAUCGACAUAGUGGUCUCCAACGACACCAACGCAUUCACACAGGAGAGAAGCCGUUUCAGUGCACAGAGUGUGAAAAAGGUUUUAUUGACAAAGACACUCUAAAAAAACACCAGCGCAUUCAUACAGGAGAGAGGCCAUUUCAGUGCACGGAGUGUGGAAAGAGUUUUAGAGACAGCGAUACUCUCAAAAAACACCAGCGUACGCACACAGGAGAAAAGCCCUACUGCUGUACAUGCUGUGGAAGGAGUUUUAGUAGAUACAGUGGUCUCCAAUUACACCAGCGCACUCACACCGGAGAGAAGCCCUAUGUCUGCUCAGACUGUGGAAAGAGUUUUAAUCAACAGACUAAUCUCCAAGUACACCAGCGCAUUCACACCGGAGAGAAGCCGUAUCGCUGCUCAGAGUGCGGGAAGAGAUUUAGUGACGGCAGUCAUUUCAGAAAACACCUGAUUCUUCAUUCAGGAGAGAAACCGUACGCCUGCCCAGAGUGCGGGAAGGGUUUUAAUCAACAUGGUAGUCUCCAACAACACCAGCGCACCCACACAGGAGAGAAGCCCUAUCACUGUACAGAGUGUGAUAGGAGUUUUAAUCGACCGGGUGUUCUCCGACAACACCAGCGCAUUCACACGGGAGAGAAACCGUAUCAGUGCUCAGAGUGUGGGAAGAGUUUUAAUCACCGGAGUAACUUCCAGCUCCACCAGCGCAUUCACACAGGGCAGAAGCCGUAUUACUGCUUAGAGUGUGGGUUGACCUUCAGUCGGCUGGGUGUUCUCCAACAACACCAGCGUGUGCACACCGGAGAGAGGCCGUAUCUUUGCUCGGAGUGCGGGAAGAGUUUUAAUCACCCGAGCAAUUUCCGACUCCACAAGCGCAUUCACACCGGAGAGAAGCCGUAUCUCUGCUCAGAGUGUGGGAUGACUUUUACUCAGCUGUAUAAUUUCCAACAACACCAGCGAGUUCACACAGGAGAGAGGCCGUAUUACUGCUCUGAGUGCGGGAAGAGCUUUAAGUAUUCAAAAAGUUUAAAGAUGCACAAGUGCAUGAAGAGUGAGGAGGACAAUUCUGUAACUGUUGUUCUUGAACCUGAUUACAGUGAAGAAGCAGAAGAUCUGGCUGAGAGUAGCAGUCCACAUCUUCACGCUCCCACAGAGGAGGGAGAAACACAGGAGCUGGACUGUUGAACAUAGGGAACUCAAAGGAAUGGUAGUAGGUAUACACAGAAGCAUCUUUUGUCCAGACCUGGUUAAGCAGGCUAACUUCAACUCUCACACCAGUGUUUUCUUAGUUGGACACAUGAACAUUUUGUUGAGGCUUUAUGUAGGAUUUACAUGAUAUAUAAUAUUCAAAUGUUGCAUGAUAUAGAGAAAUAUUGUAUUUGCAUGCUUGUUUGUUUUUUUUUCCCUGCAUUAUUCUGUGUCCUCACUAUCAUGUUUUGCACAUGUGAAGCAGACCUUAUAUAAUUGAUAUAAAAAUUUUAAAAAGAGAUCAUGCCAUAUUGAUUUUGCAGCCAUAAACAUUGUGAAAAUAUGGACGUAAUCUAAAAGGUCUAUAAAAUGUGGAAAGUAUAUGUGCAGAUGUGGUAGGAAAUAGCAACUGGUUCUACACUAAGAUGUUCUGCCGUGUAAAGAUUUUUUUUUACUCAAGGGUCUUCAGUACCUUUAGUUAGGGAACAUAAUUGUACCAUAUUCCAUAUAUCACACAUAGGUUUUAAGUUGUAUUCCACACACCUGGUCUUAAUUUUUGCUCUGUUAUAAAAUGUAAACAUAUACACAGAAAAGGUACCAAUAUGCAUGUCUCCAUAGUCACCAUUUACUCUGUGCUACCACUCUCAUGUAAAAUCGCUUAUUUUUUCCUCGUCUUGCUUAGCCUAUUUAAUAUAGUCCAUUUUGCUUUGCAUUGCAGAUUGAAUAGAAGAAAGUUUUAAGUUGUUAUUUUUUUAAUUUCAGCAUUUAAUGCCAGAACCUUGCAAGGGAAGGUGCCAAUGAAAAUUUAAAAUUUCAUUUUUAAAUACAGAUCUGUAAAAUGUAUUGUGAAUCAUUAUUCACAAGCCUUUAUAAUACUGAAAUACAUUUGUUAUUGUUUUUUAUUUAAGCCAUCUCAUCAUUUUUUUUAUAACCGUAAAAAAGGUUCCUCAUGCAAUAUGUGUACAUAAACAAGCACUUAUGUAUUACAGCAGACAAUAUCUUACUUAAUGUCUCAAUUCUUGUGCUGUGUUAAUCAUGUAAUAAUCAGCUCUGUUCAUAUGUUUUGCAUAAUGUUGUUGUAACACGCCUGCAUGACAGGACAUUUUUAUAAGGACUGGAUGUUUCUGUAAUGUGUGAUUUUCUUUCUUCCUGCAAAAAAGUGUGCAUGUUGUGAAAUACUGAUCAGAUGAUAAGACAUCAACACUACUCAAGCAAGUGGUAAGUUUGUGUGGUACUAGUCUAAGUGUUUUUAUUUGGAGUGUCAUUAGCUGGGGUGAGUGAUAUGGCAAAUAUAUAUUUCAAAAUAAUAUUUUAUAAUAUUAGACAGUAAACAGGCAGACGCUUGUCUCGAGCCACUUACGGUCUGUUUUGUCUUUGUCUCUUACAGCCAUGUUGUGUGAAUUUUAGGCCUUGAAAAUCUUUAAUUAUUUUUUCUUUGGCAUUCAUCAACAAAGUAUUCAUCAAAGUAAGCGCUUAACCUUCAGAUGAUGUUAUUUUCCCACAUAUGUGUCAAACCACAUACUACACCUGUAUGAGCUCUUUUUUUCUGAAAUGUACAGCAUUUUUUGCAACCCAGGUAACAAUUUUUAGGAUAAUGUAUAAACAGCAUUUAAAAGACUGUGUUAGUUGAAUUAAUUAUUUUCUAGCAAGAAAUACAUUUAUGAAA